GACACAAGAGUGAGUUAGAAGGCGCAAUGAGGAGUGGUGAACAGCAGUCAUUGUUCGAGACUAGGAAAGACAGAACAAGACACAUUCGGAGGCUCUAUACGGUGUCUGUGUUUGUGGCCACAUGCUUUGUCUGGGCAUUUAGACUCACCCACAUACCCGCAAAUGGGGAAGCUCGCCAAUGGGCAUGGUUUAGUUUGUUUCUUGCAGAACUGUGGUCUGGCAUCUAUUGGCUCUUUUAUCAAGUCCUCCGCUGGAACAUGGUCUUCAGAACAACCUUCCCCAACAUACUCUCUGAAAGAUACGAGAGUAGGUUGCCGGGAGUGGACAUCUUUGUGUUCACGGCGGAUGCUGUGGUGGAGCCACCGCUGAUGGUGAUUAAUACGGUGCUAUCUGUGAUGGCUUAUGACUAUCCGGCUCAGAAGUUGAGCGUGUAUGUCUCAGACGAUGGGUGUUCGGAGAUAACCUUUUAUGCACUUUUAGAAGCUUCUUCCUUUGCCAAGCAUUGGGUUCCAUUCUGCAAGAGAUUUAAGCUGGAACCGAGGUCACCUGCUGCCUUUUUCAACAACACUCAUGCCUCAACAAAAUCACAUGAUCAUAUCUAUGUCAAACACUUGGCAACCAUCCGUAAACUAUACGAAGAAAUGAAAAGGCGAGUAGAAGAUGCAACCAAGUUGGGUGUACCCAGUGAAGCACGCUCAAAGCAUAAUGGGUUUUCCCAAUGGGAGAAUUCAUAUACCUCACGACGUGAUCACGACACCAUCCUUCAAAUAGUUCUGCAUAAGAACGAUUUGCAUGGGUCAAAGGAUGAAGAUGGAUGUAUUCUGCCAACAUUAGUGUAUAUGGCUCGUGAAAAGAGACCUCAGUAUCAUAGCCACUAUAAAGCCGGAGCUAUAAAUUCAUUGCUAAGAAUAUCGUCAAAGAUUAGCAGAGGGAAAAUCAUUCUAUUUCUGGAUUGUGACAUGUAUUCAACAAAUUCACAAUCGGUGAGAGAUGUUCUAUGUUUUUUCAUGGAUGAGCAUAAAGGCCAAAGAAUUGGUUAUGUGCAAUUGCCACAAUAUUUUGACAACAUUGGUCAGAAUGAUCUGUACGGGAAUGCUCUAUCAGAAACUAUGCAGAUACACCUCCAUGGUGAAGAUGGUCUGGGUGGCCCUUUGUGCAUUGGAACUUGUUGCUUUUUCAGAAGAGAUGCUCUUUGUGGGAAGAAGUUUAAUAAUCAAGAAGAAAAUGGUUGCAAUGAUGAGAGCGAGAAAGAAGUGGUUGAAGUAAACAUGCAAAGAAUAGAAGAAGAAGGAAAAGCUUUAGCAAGUUGCACCUAUGAGAAAAAUACUCUGUGGGGGAAAAAGAUUGGUUCAAUAUAUGGGUCUCUUGUGGAGGACGUGGUAACAGGGUUAUGGAUACAGUCACAAGGAUGGAAAUCAGUAUACUGUAACCCAUCAAUAAGAGCUUUUUCUGGUAUUGCUCCAACUAACUUACUUCGCUCACUAGUUCAAUUGAGAAGAUGGGGUGAAGGUCAAUUGCAAAUUUUGUUUUCUGAGUUCAGACCUAAAUGUUAUGGUCAUAACAAGGUCAAAUUAGGCCUACAAUUGGGAUAUUUGCAUUAUAACACCUUUGCAAUCACUUCCUUAUCAGUACUAUAUUAUUCCAUCAUCCCUCCACUUUAUCUCCUUAAGGGCAUUUCCUUCUUUCCAAAGAUGUGUAGCUUAUGGUUCAUACCUUUCGCAUGUGUAAUUGUUGGGGAAAUUGCUUAUAGUUUGAUUGAGGGUUUGAGUAAGGGAGGAUCAAUCAAAGGUUGGUGCAAUGGUAUGAGAAUGUGGUUGUACGUAAGAUCGAGUUCCUUUCUGUUUUCCUUGUUAAGUUUCAUCUUAGGAUUCUUUGGACGUUCAAAUUCAUCAUUUUUACUCACGUCAAAGGUCACAGAAGAUGAUCUUGCUCAACGUUACGAGAAAGAGAUCAUGGAGUUUGGAACCUCUUCUCCUUAUUUCACUGUUCUAGCAACAGUUGCUUUGCUCAAUCUGUUUUGUUUGCUUUCAACUUUAAAGGAUUUGGUCCUUGAAAAAGGUGCUUUUGUUGAGAAAAUGGCGUUACAAGUUCUUUUAUGUGGAUUUUUGGUUUUUAUCAAUUUUCCCUUAUACGAAGCCAUUCUUAUUAGGAAGGAUAAGGGUAGAAUGCCAACCUUUCUUUCUGUGAAGUCUACUACAUUGGCUUUCACUGCAUGUGUCUUCUUCAAACUAUUCAAUUGAGUAAAUUGAUGCAGUCUUUGCUUUUAUCUUCUAAUUGGCAAAGAUAUUUGUUUGCAUUAUUUUAUCUCAAUAUGUUGUCUUUCCAUUGAAAAAUAUGUACUUAUUGCCAUACUAUUAAUCUGAAAUGGAAAGAAAUGUUCAACUGCAACAACAAUA